GCUCAAACUCAAAGCAGCGGCGCAGCUCUCUGCUCCACGUCCUCUUCACCUUCUACUACACAGGCCGCAGGCGCAGAUAAACCAACAACGAAGAAGCGAAGCGCCAUGGCUCAGGGAAGGUGCAGUGCGGCGUCGAGGUGCCUCGCCCUCGGCGGCCUGCUCGCCGCGUGCCUCCUCCUCGGCGCCGCCGACGCGGCCACGCACAGGGUCGACUGGUCCUUCAACGCGGACAGCUGGUCCAGGGGCAAGAGCUUCCGCGCUGGGGACGUCCUCGAGUUCAACUACGACCCCUCCCUGCACAACGUGGUGGCCGUGGACGCCGGCGGCUACUACGGCUGCAGCUCCUCCGGCAGGGCCUACGGCUCGGGGAGCGACCGCAUCACGCUCGGCCCCGGGACCAACUACUUCAUCUGCAGCCUCAACGGGCACUGCGGGAUGGGGAUGAAGAUGGCCGUGAACGCCAGCUGAGGUCCUCACGCUGGUUGCAGCAGGGGGACACUGAGUGCUGUGGCAUGCUGGCAUCCGUGGUCCGAUCGUGAAGGAACUCAAUCGUGUGGCAGCGCACGCCCUGCAUCACUGUCUGGAUACGUGCCGAUACAAGUUUUCAUGCGUUAUCUAUGUGUGGAGUGGUAGGUGAGGCAUGAUGUGUGUAUGGUUACUGGCCGAUACUCAGCUUUAUUGUUUGUUCGAAGCAGUAGCCUCUUUUGUUUGUUCAUUCAUCGUGACUUUGCAUGCAAACCCCAUUGAAA